AUGACACAUGCAUUCUAUGCCGACAUGGGCGGAUUUCACUUGCAAACUGACGAUUUUGACGCUUUUCCAAUCAACGCAAAACAACUUCACUAUCUCAUAACGAACGAAUAUGUGGACGUUCCCGAUCUUGACAAGAAAAGAAUCGCGGAUAAGAACAAGGUCGACAGUAUGCUGCGGCUCCUCACAUUAUUCCAAACACUGUGGUUUAUCGUCAACAUCUGCGGACGUGCCUCACAAAACCUCGAAAUUUGUACUGGUGAGCUCACCACUGCUGCAUUUAUUGUCUGCAGUGUUUCAACUACGGUUUGCUGGUAUCAAAAGCCCGCCGAUGUUCAAACACCAGAAAUCAUUGUAUCAAAUGUCACUCUAGACGAGAUUUUGAGAGAUGCGGGAGAUCAAGCCAAAAGGCCAUAUCGUUAUACACCCUUGGACUUUGUGUCUCGCAACGAAUGGUCAUGGUCUCUCUACUGGUCUAAUUGGGUCAACAUACUUCGGAAGCUUCGCAUUAUGGUCAUAUUACCGAAGCGGCCUGUUGAUCGAUUUCAAAAUACGAUCGUUUCCAAACCUUCAACCGUUGGCUCUGCUCUUUUCUAUCUGCUGACUGUUAUUUAUGCAUCCGUAUUUGUGGCCGGCUGGAAUUACAGCUUUCCAACUACUGCCGAGAAGAUCUUGUGGCGUGUAUCGUCCACAGCUGUCUUACUUUGCGCAUUUUUAUUCUGGGCUAUUGGACAUUUUGCUUUUUCAUUUUACCCGAACCACCUGCGCCCGUAUAUUGACGCGAGAACACCUCCCAAGGUGGUUAGCCAGGAACUGGUACCUGCAGCGGGCCAUCCACUCUGGGGCAAGUUUAAGCGCUGGGCGAAAGUGAUGGGGGGUUUAAUACGAAACAAUUCAUGGGAUCGAGAUCCGGAACUCGCUGUUCCUUUGAAAGCGAUAUUGCCGAUAUACGUGCUCGGAGUUGUUUAUUGUCACGCACGAGCAUUCAUAUUUCUGGAGGAUGUUAUUCAACUGCGUUCGCUUCCAACGAGCGCCUAUCUGACUAUGAACUGGUCCGGGAUAUUGCCACAUUUUUGA